AACCACAACAAGGACAAUAAGAUAAAGAGAAAGACGACUUACGAAGAUCACGUGCUGAAUGUUGAUGUCGAUAUCCUGACUUGUUCCUGGAUUCAGCGGAACAGCUUGAGCUCCCCCUCCACAAAAAGUCCCAUGAGAAAAAUAAACAUCACUACUGUGCCCCCCUCCUACGUUGAGAGCAGUUCGUGCAUCCACAGAUUGCAACCUCUCAGCUAGUCUGGCUUGCAUUCGUUGCACCUAUUGAUCAUUGAGCGGAUUCCACAUUGCCCGGGGGGUCCCUGGACAUAUGCCUUCGACAAUGGCUCCCGAUGUGUCCCCUCCUCCAGAGAAUGGCAACUCAGUCAUACCUCUUCCACAUUUCACGCCGCCAUUUCCUAGCAAAGAUGUCUCCGUAAGAAGAGUCAAACAGAAGCCUCAUUGUCAAACGAAGAGUUUGGUCAGCUGGCUGCUCGAUCAUCAAAUUGAAAUCUCAUUCAACCUAAUUGUCCUCAUUAUCCUAAUCCACCUGUUCGUGCCUCGAGCACGUCAACACACAUCCAAAUUCUUCGCACCAUCGCAAUACAACCCUACCACAGAACAAUAUGCGAUUGGCGAUGGAGACCUAUAUUUUCUCAGCGUCUACGUGGUUCUCUUCACGGGAUUCCGCGCGGGUGUCAUGAAGCAUGUCCUCGCGCCGCUAGCUACUCGCUGGGGGAUUUCGAAACAGAAAGACAUCACCCGAUUCUCCGAACAAGCGUGGCUGCUGUGCUACUACUCCGUCUUCUGGACGCUUGGGCUGUACAUCUACAGCACCUCUAAAUACUUCCUCAACCUCCGAGAGAUGUUCACCGACUGGCCUACGCGCGACCUCCCGGGCCUUACCAAGGUCUACAUCCUGGGCCAGUGGGCGUUCUGGCUGCAGCAGAUCCUGGUCAUUAACAUCGAAGCCCGCCGCAAGGACCACUGGCAGAUGCUGGCCCACCACCUGGUAACGGUGGUGCUGAUCGCCACCUCCUACGCGUUACACCUCACUCGCGUCGCCAAUCUGGUGCUCAUUCUGAUGGAUGUUGUUGAUAUCUUCUUCCCUCUGGCCAAAUGCCUCAAAUACCUCGGCUACACCACCGCGCGCGACAUUCUUUUCGGUCUCUUCAUGCUCUCGUGGUUCCUCGCCCGCCAUGUCUGCUACUUGGCUACCAUGUGGGCUAUCUGGAAGUACAUGCCCGAAACAAUCGCCGAGGGGUGUUAUUUCGGGUCCGACCCGCAAGGCUCUGUGACUGAACAGCAGCAGCAGCAACCUACAACCCCUCUCCCCAUACACGGCUGGUCGCAUAUCUUCACUCCCUUCUACCACCCCACAGGCCCCAUCUGCUACACCGAUGCAAUCCGCUGGGGCUUCUUAGGAGCAUUGGGUUUCCUGCAGGUGCUGACGGUGCUGUGGUUUGUGCUGAUCGUCAAGGUUGCGAUCAGGGUUGUGAAGGGGAUUGGCGCGGAUGAUAUUCGGAGCGAUGAUGAGGGGGAGGAAGAAGAGGAGGGGGGCGUAGUGGUGGGGACGCAUUGCGUGGAGCAUGAGACGGAUUUCGGACCGUCGCAGUCCUCGUCGCCAGGGUGGAAGCGCAGGACUGCUGGAAGCCGAAGAGCAGCCAACGCGUCGGGAGUUGUGAGCUUCGAUCGCAAGGAAUUGCUGAGUCGAAUUGGGUGUGAGAAGCAGGUAGAUUAGGCGCAGUGUCAGAGGCAGGUAGGCACCUGUGAUCUGAUUGAUGUUUCUUAUGACUUUUUGUGGUUUGGGUGGGAAUCUGCUUUCAUAUCUUAAAUUGGGUUGAUUUGCCAAUGGAUCGUUUCCGGGUUCAGGUCAGGUCUUAUGGCGUUAUGGGAUAUAUGGUUACUAAGGAUAUGAUGUUGAUCGGGUAUGAUGGAUUUGAGGCUG